GAACAUGGCAAGGUUACACAUGAACUGCAGUCUGUUUUCUUCUUUGACAGACACAGAAAGAGAGAAGUAGUCAGAGGAAGCUUGGGUUUUGCUCUUAUCUCGGCAAUAUUACACUAAACCAUAAAUUAAAAACAGAACGGAAGAACUAAAUGCUAAGGGAGUACAUUCAUGACAGAGAGCCAGGAAAGAGGGACACUGAAAGAGAAAGACAGACAAUAGACAGAGAGACUAUGAGAACAAUAAAAUAAACACGGCGGAUACACAUUGGCAGAGUUUACAGGAGCAGCUCUGACAUCAGUGAAGUGAGAGAGGAAGAGGGGUGCAACAUUGCUUUACGGAAACCGCUUGACAGUUUCAUACGCUGACACAGUUUGAAAGUAGGAAACAGACGCUUAAGAGAAACAGAGAGAGAAAAAAGAAAAGCAAAAGGGUAAAACAAACCUCACUUAAACCAAACCAUGUUGAUAAAAGAAUACCGGAUAUGCAUGCCGCUCACUGUCGAUGAGUACAAGAUCGGCCAGCUAUACAUGAUCAGCAAGCACAGCAGAGAGCAGAGCGGGGGAGGCGAAGGGGUGGAGGUCGUCCGUAAUGAACCUUGCACAGACCACAAACACGGAGCCGGUCAGAUCACAGAGAAACGCAUCUACCUCAACAGCAAACUGCCAACCUGGAUGAGAAAGUUUGUUCCCAUGGCUUUUUAUAUAACAGAAACGGCCUGGAACUUCUACCCUUACACCAUUACAGGUCAGUUCAAGGAUUUUGUUACAAUAAAUACACCACAUACAACAUAAUCACCCGCCUUAUUUUCUCUCUCGUUUCUUUACUCCUUCCUAAAGUGUUCCUUCCUACCGAGGUUCCAAGUCAAGAUUGAGACGCACUUUGAGAAUGACAACGGUUGCAGUGACAAUAUGUUUGGCGAUGACCCAACUCCAAAGGACAGUGUCUGCUUUUUGGAUAUUUUGAGCGAUCCGAUCCCUGAUAAGCAUUACAAGAAGUCGGAGGAUCUGAGACACUGGGUGUCAGAGAAAACAGGCCGGGGACCCCUAGUGGAUGGCUGGAGGAACACCACUAAACCCAUCAUGUGCUCCUACAAGAGAGUCACCUGUAGCUUUGAGGUCUAUGGCUUCCAGGGAAGAACAGAGGACUUCGUUCACAGGAACAUUCGUGACAUUCUGUUGGUGGGACACAGACAGGCGGUGGCAUGGAUUGACGAGUGGCAUGGAAUGACGAUCGAGCAGGUGAGAGAGUAUGAGAGAAAACAGCAGGAGGAAACCAACUGCCAACUCAAGAGUGACAUUACCUUAACAGACUCUGCUCCUUCAGUGCGACCCAGCUUCACUCGUUCCAUCUCUGUUACGGAUGAAUCGUCACUGAAAAAGAUGGGGGUAAAGACUGUAGCCAUGCCAGACUCUUCAUCCUGCCCUUCCUCCCUCAAAAGUCCCUUGAGAUUAAACUCUACCCCGGAAUAAGACCCACAAGGACCACUGCCAGUUCCACUUCUUGAAAAAUUUGCCACAAUUCUCUCGACUUGGACUUUCUCUUCUUACCAAAACUGACAGAAAGACAUUCCACAUUGUCACUCUGCUCUCCAUUCCCACUGGACUUGCAUGCUUGUGUUCAUGCGGAGGUUGACAUUAACAAAAACAUCUUACUAAAGAAUUUUAGAUAUUAUGUAAAAGACUCUGGCUGUCCAUGGAGUGAAACUGUAGUGCCUUAAUUCACUUUUCUCACAGACAAGCCCACAUCACCAAAAUGGAUUCAACAAACUGUCUAUUCCACAGCCAAUGAACAUGAAGGGGACCACAGACCCAUCUGAGCACAGAAUGGAUAUGAAAAGCCUCUAUUGACAUAUUGAUGAAAUCAGUAGAACGGUUCAGUGAAACCCAUUCAUAUGGAUUCUGGUGAUUGUGAGCAACUAGCCGACAUUUCUAGUGGGUUACGGGUUAUUGAGACUAAACUUUGACCCUGUAUCAAUACAUUGAAGGAACCUUAUUGAUUUUUUAGUUGUGCAGCACGUAGUAAGAACAUUAUCAAUAGUACUUUUGGUGAGAAGAUUUAAGACUACAAUGGAACAUUAUCCAUUAUUUGACACUGAUAUCACACCUGUCAUUGGAUACACGCCACUGGUGAUAUUCUGUGUUUGUCUCUGGUUAUAAUUUCUGCCAUUGGUUGAAGUAGCCCCACCCCAAACUCACAUCAUUGGUUAAGCCAAUGUUGCUAUGUCAAGCAGCUCAAACUAACAGAGGUAUGCUGAAAGGGUCACAUCAUAACAUAUUUUUAUAAUAAUUUUUUUAAAUUAAACUUUUAUAAUAAACUAAGGGAUGCAUGAUACAUCUGUACCACACUGGUUAUGGGCCAAUAUUACAGUUCUUAACUUAUCACUCAGUAUCUGCAGAUAUCAGAUAUUUUAUUAGUUUUUACAUUCAGAUCAUCUUUGCCAUCAUCUAAUUCUCUCUUAAAGUUCAAGUAAUUUAAUAACACUGUUAAAUAUAACUCAGCAACUUUGGCAAAUCUCAAAAUGAAUAUCCAUCUCUAAUAUUGUACAUAAUGUUGUGAUCCCUAAAUUCACUUGUAGCAUUUAAAUACUACCGCCAUUCAAAAUAAUGUCUCUUAUCCUCACAAAGUCAGCAUUUAUUUGAUCUAAAAUAUAAUAAAACAGUAAUAUUUUGAAAUAUUAUUAUUAUAUUAUUAUUAUUAUAUAUAUUUUAAAAUAUAAUGCAAUGGCAAAACAGUCAUUGCUCCAGUCUUCAGUGUCACACGAUCGUUCUAAUAUGCUGAUUUGGUGCUCAAAACACAUUUCUUAUUAUUAUUAUCUAAUAUGCUAGAAAUCGUUCUAAUAUGCUGAUUUGGUGCUCAAAACACAUUUCUUAUUAUUAUCAAUGUUAAAAACAUGCUUAAUAUUUCUGCGGAAACCGUGAUAAUUUUUUCAGGGUUCUUUGAUACAUAGAAAGUUCAAAAGAAAAGCAUUUAUUUAAAAUAGAAAUCUUUUGUGACAUUAUAAAUGUCUGUCACUUUUGAUCAAUUUAAUACAACCCUGCGGAAUAACCGUAUCAAUUUCUUUAAAAGAAAAAUAAUACUGACCCCAAACAUUUAAAUGGUAUAUUCUUUUAUUUAGGAAAAAAAAAAAAAAAAAAGAAUAAGUUUAUUUGUACUAGCCAGGUUUAACACUGCAUCUCUACUUGUUAAUAAUUCCUCACGUCUUGAUGAGGGGUAUAAGACGCAAAAAAGCAUCAAUAAAAAGUGACUUUAUAAACAAAA